GCCGUCCAAGAUGGCGGAUAGCUUGAAGCAAUGCUUGUGCUGUGUUUUGAGUUGCAGGAAAAUUAAAGCGGAAUAAUAAUUUGCGUUAGGUUCGUUGCAAAUGCUUUUAAACUAAUGCGUCCAUUUAAUUUUUCUGGAAUCGACCCAUUGGCGGAAAUUAUCAAAGCUUUGGAGAGGUGACAGUUAAUUGAAAACGUCGUAGUUUGGAGCCAUCGGAAGUUUGGUUGCAUUCUUGUACGUAGGGGAAUUUGCAUUAGACCAUUCCUGGACGGAAUGAAAGUUUAAAUGGUUGUUCAACAACUUUUGGACGAGGUAAGCAGUGAAUUUUAUUUAAAACCAUCCAGAAAAUUUAGUUGAUUGUCAAUGUAUUCGGCUGGUAGUUCAGUUUCCGAUCGAUCUGUGUAAUUUGAAAGGUAGGCAAGAGGAAAUAUGUUCACGACAGAAGCUUAUUUUUUGAUACUUUCGUUACAUGUACCAGCCUCCCCUUGUCCAAGCCUGCUUUCAUGGCGAUGCAGCGGAGCUGCGAACGUUAAUAAGCAGAAGGGAGGAUGUUAACCUUCAGGUAAAUAUAAAAACUUUUAAUCUCAAACUUUGUAAGCUUAUUUUUUCUACCUUAUUCUGUUUAAUUUUUGUUCGUGCUCCUGAAAUGAAUGUUUUCGUGUUAAAUCAAGCAAUCUCUGGGAAUAUCUUAUCAAAUAUUUACAAACCACAAGCAAGUUGCAAUUAAUGAAAUGUUGUUAUGUGCGCUUAAUUUGGACUUACAAGGGCAAAAAUUGUGGUUCAAAUAGCUGAAAUUUUGUCAGAGAGAGGUUGGAAUAGCAGAAAUAAAAUAACAAGUGGUACGACAUACUUUUGUGUAGUCUCAUUUUAUAACAUCAGGACAUUUUUUCAGCAGUGUUUAGAAGAUAGAGUGUGGUUCAUUUUCCUUAUUUUUGAAUUCUGAUUAUUAUUUAACUUGUCAGUUUUACCAUAUUUAUGGUAGAUAAUAAUAAUAAUAAUAAUAAAUUAUUACUGUAUCUGUUUGUAUACCUAUUAUCAAUAUAAUUGAUAAUAUUUAAAUUUGCAAGGCACCUAAACAAAAGAACCCUUUGUUUUGAGAGCCAAAAAGUCUAUGGCUGACUAAUUAACAUCAAUGGUUGAUUAUUUAAGUGUCUCACGGCAAAACAAAAAUGAGAGGAAAGAGAGAGAUUUUUUGCAGGCUUCUGCGUUUUCUAUCAUGCAUGAACUGGCGUUUCCCAAACAACAAGUAAAGUUUUAGUCAUGUGCAACACGACUUACAGAGCCUGUUUGCACGAUAACUGUGGGCACAGAAAUUCUCGGCGCACACUCUAAACAGGGCGUGCGCAUUCCACAUUAAACAAAACUGGUUUUGAAAACCAGUAAGUUUCGGUUACAAAUGUGGUCAGCAGUUAUACAAAACAAUGUCUCAGAGGACUGUGGAGGUCUCUCGUUUUCCUUUCGUUCUUGCCGUGAGUGACCUACGCUAGCAGGGAACUGUUGUUCAAAAGACUGUACUUCAUGUAGGUUUCAGUGCAGAUUGGUAGAAUUUUUAUUGCAAAGAUCCACAAAUUGAAAAGUAUCAGUAAAUGGUAGUUAAGCUUCACAAAGUGUGACAAUACACCACAUGUACAAUGUACAUUUAUCCAGUGUACCAGUUUUUUAAAAUCGAAGACUACGUACAAGCUCAAACAACCCAAUAAUGCAAACUAUUGAAAAAUGCCUUGUGGUGAUAGACAACAAAAAGCCACUUUAAGUUGCACACAUACAAAAUUUGUGUACUCCACUAUAUUCAUGUUUUGCAGGUAUUUUUUUGCGGGCAUUGUUUCUUUCCUGUGAUAAACCAGGGUCACAUUUUCAAAGCGAUUGGGUGAUAAACCAAUAUUCAAAAGUCACAGCAGUAUAAUCGUACUCCUACCAAAGGCGUGAUAAACAUGAAAAACCAGUGGUUUAUAUUUAAGACUGUAUACAUGUACAGCUAAGCCUUGUGCUCUGUGAUUGCAUAAACCACAACUGUAUGAAGAUAACAGUAGUUGUGGAAAAUGUUUUUUACUUUUACAUAAUUUAAGCAGACAUAUAAAAUAGCCAACAAAUUCAUCAGGAAUAUGCUCGAACUGAAUAGUCUUUCAUAUAAGGUGGUUAACUCACCCAUUUUCUUCCGCUAAAUAAUAAUAAUUAUAAACCGUACCAAUCCAUAGAUUGGCUGGUAUAUAAAAGCCAUGUCAAUGAGCAUUAUGAUGCCCCUCUUUGACAGUUUUACACUGUAAAAUCCCUGAAAGAGUUCUCCUUGUGCAUCAGACUGACCUUGUUGUAUAGCAAUAAGUAAAAUGUUUCUUUUUGCACUAUAUCAUCCAGCUGAAUUAAAAAUAAUUUUAUAAAAGCAACCUACAUGUAUACACUCAUGCUCAAGGCUGCAUUUCGCAGCAACAAAAGCGUAGAAACAUUUGUGAUGGGAACCUUACUUGACAGUUUAAUUGGUGGAGGGCAGAUCACUGUCAUCAAAGGCGUGUCUCCAGGCUCUGCCACCCAGCUCUUUCCCAGACUACCACUCCGAUCUUCUUUUUCACCUUUUUCCGCACUGCAGAGCCUGGUCUCAGGCUAACAUUUAUUAGAGAGAUUUAGAGUGUAGUUUACAGCAAGUGAUAAUGAUAACACAGUUAUACAUGUAGUAAUCAUUAAUUUGCUUCUAUAAUUUAGGAUGAGGAAAAGAGAACUGCUUUACAUGCAGCGGCACAUUGUGGGGAAAGUGAGUGUGUCAGCAUUCUUAUUACUCAUGGUAAGUGACAACAUCAUACAUUGUGACAUAUGGUAAAAAUAGGGCCAACCUGCACCUUUUCCAAAGAAGGUUUGUGAUUGGCUGGGAAAACAAUAGGGAUGGUAACAACAAUGCCCCUAUCCCUGAAAACAAUAGGUAGUGCAGGUGAUAGGGACCAAUGAAAUAAAAGGUUUGGAUGGGUGCAGGUCUAUCGUAAGAAUACAUUAGUGUGAUCUCUAUUUCCCAGUAACAUGGGAAGCCAUAAAAAUGUAAUUCAACGGGAAUGUUUCUAUAAAUUUGUCAAUAGUCCAUAGAUAAAUAAACAGCUUCUAAGUUUUAGGUCUAAGUGAGGGUGCAGAGUUGGGUUUCUUUUGGGACAAAGUCAGAGCUGGAGCUGUUAACAGAAACACAUCUAGUAUUGUGGCCUAGUGAAGUUGUACAUUUGUAUGCAGGGUUUCCAACUUUGGGAUGGGAUGGUGCUAAGAAAUGUUAGUGCAAGAAGUUAUUGAAAUUAUUUCAGGGAAUGAAAGUGUUUUAUUCACCAAGGUUUUUUACAGUAAAACUCUGAUAAUACAAGGUACAUGACUCUAAGAAAUUGCUUUGUACCAAUGCCCUGCUAUGAGAAACAAUGAUUUUUUUGGCUCCAGUUACCAUAACAUCAGACCCCAGUUAUGCCCUGUUGUCCUAAGUAAUGCAUUUUAUCACUCCUUUGCUACCUCUGUAAAUAGAGUUCCCAUUGUACCUUACACUUUUCUCUGCUUGCAGUAUUGUACUAAGAUAAUUCUGACUAAAUAGAUAAUUCAUAUUUCAGGAGCCAGAGUGAACACAAAGGACAACAAAUGGAUGACUCCUUUACAUCGGGCAUGUGCUUCUGGGAGUGUGGUAAGUUCAGUGUUAAUUAGUCAAAAUGGGUCAUAUGUUCCACAUGGCAUUUUAAAUUGGGUCAUUUCAGUAAUGGUCUGGGUCAAACUAUGAUAAUCUAAACUGUUGUUUCAUAAUGAAACAAAAACAAAAGAACAAAACAAAAAAAUGAAAUGUGAAUCGAUCAGCAAAGCAACAUAUGCAGAAAGUCGAAAUGUACAUUCCAGUCUUUCCUGGAAAUGCGUGGAAUGCCUGACCCAAAAAAAUCUUUUACGCAGGUAGCCUGAAAUGACAGUCAUUCCGUGCUCUCAUUUCGGGCUUGUAAGCUCACCUAUUUUGCAAAAUUUACUUUUAUUAUUGCCUACUACUUUGGAAGUACUUCUACAUGUGAGGUAACUUCUUUUUUUGCGUCAGUGUGACUCUACCAUAAUUUCAUUUUGUAUCAGAAUAGAAUAUUCUGCGUCAAUGACACAAAAAUGCGGCCUAGAUUGAACACUGUAAGCUACAUGGAAAUUUGACAUUAAGUGUCUUAAAGUGGUGUAGUUGUUAUGGUUUGGCCAUUUUUGUUCAAACUGCUAUGUUUAGUUGAAGUCACAUGUAAUAUUUACUCAGUGCUAUUGCAAUAAAUUAUUUUGUCACUAUUUUUUUAGGAGUGUGUGAAAGCACUGGUAAAAAGUUCAGCUGAUGUCAAUGCGAGAGACAAAAACUGGCAAACCCCUCUUCAUGUGGCAGCAGGCAACAAUCAUAUCAGAUGUGCUGGUACGUUCAAAAUUGGACAUUCUGAAACUAUGUAAUGUGAAAAAAUAAAUCUGUUAUUUUGUUAAAUUUCAUAAGUUCAAGGCUGUGUAGGCCUCUGUUGGCUCUCAAAACUGGAAUCUCAGCCACACACUGUAUAUCCUGUAUGUUGAGAGUUAAUCAAUGAAUUAAAGUACAAACAUAAAAACAGUGUACCAAAGCUGGCUUAUCUUGAGUACAAAACUUUAAAAAAGUUCAGAGAGACCAACAUUAAUUUUAUUAACUGUUUGACUUAAAAAGUUAACCGGAAGGUAGAGGUCAAUUAAAUAAAACUUUUAAAAGUCUAAUUUAAAAGUGUGCGCAUGGCCAUUGUUUUAGCAUCUAAAAACAAUAGCUACACUUGUAAUAAUUUUUUUAGAUUGAAGCCAGGUUACAAAUUCCUCAUUAUCAGUACAUGUACAUUUCUCUAGAAGGAGGGUUGGAGAACAUUAUUUGCAAUACAGCAAGACAUUCCUAGUGGGUUUAAUGAUUGUUUUCUGUGAAUACUCUUAACCUCUGUAAUUAACUCCACUUUUGCUCUACACCUCUGAAGCUUUUAAGGGUAAUAGUUCAGUUCAGUUCAUUAAUUGCUCAUGUAAAUGAUGUAAUAAAUCAUGUUAUUAAAAACUGAAUCAUUGGAUAAUGCAAUUCUAGAGUUCUGAUUGGCUUAGCCAUCAUGGUAUCUGAGCCAUUAUGCCUUGCUCUCCAAAUAUGGUAACUGUAUGCAUCUGCUCAAAAUUAAAAUCAAGCUGAAAAUCGGUUGUUUUUACAAAUAAAUUUGGGAAGAAUUCUCGAUAUUUUGAGGGCAUUUUUAAAAAAACAAUUAUAUUCCACUCGCGCUGGUUGAAUAUGAGAUGAUUAUAGCCAACUCAUAUCCCACACAUCUCGUUGGCUAUCUACCAUCUCAUAUCCAAUGCGCACUCGUGGAAUAAUUGUUAAUUACAUGUACAUUGUACAUGCAUAAUACAGUUUAUAGUGCACUGAACUGUUCUCAGUAAGCAAGUGCUAGUGGAGGUGAACAGUGGCUGCAAGCAUUGCUGGUUUGCACAUGAUGUCAUGGUGGCCAUGUUGGUGGUCAAGAAAAAAGCAUUACUCUCCACUGGGAACUGAACUCCUUUUUUAUGUAAAUUCUUCUAGAAAAAAGUCUAUUGUAUUGACUCUCAACAUGGUCGCCUUGUCAUAUGGUUGCAAACCAAGAAUACAGCUGUAAUAAUUAUCAAAAGAGGGAUAUUUUUAAAGUUAACUAAAUUCUUCUCGCAUGGUACAUGUACACUAACAUACACAACACUCACAAAGGAAGGAGAUUAUAAUUAUACAAUACAUUUUGUAGAAUUUCUGAUUCCUCACCUGGCAAAUGUGAAUGUGACAGACAGAGCUGGAAGGACAAGUCUUCAUCAUGCAGCAUUCAAUGGCCAUGUUGAGGUAAAGUAAAAGUCAUGCAAUUAAAGCCUUAUAAUAAUAGUUAUUCAGGGAGCAAAGAAAAUCAUUUUUACAGCUUGCCAUUCGGGCAAGCUGAAGCUAACAUUUACUAGCCCAGACGUCAUUUCAACUAGCCCCAAAAGCUCUUUGAAGAGGAGAAUUGAUCUCGCAGUUCUUCUGUUAUUCAAAUUCCUCAAAAAAGAUCACUUGCCCGUCGCGCAUGUUAAAAACAGAAUUCCCUAGCCCGAUAGCAAAUUCCACUAGCCCUGGGCUAUCAGACACCACUUUCUUUGCAAGCUGUUUUUGUAAAAAAAAAGUGAAACCUCCAUUACCUGUACAUGUAAGAACUCACCUAAAAAGCAACCAGUGAUCAAAGUCCCAAGAUAAUUUUAAAAAUCAAUAAUUUUUUACAGUAAAUUAAACCUCUUUGAAGCGAUCACCUCUUUCAAGCUGCUGCGGCUACCUUUUGGCCAUGCCAGCGAUAGUUCUCCUGUUGUCACCUCUAGUGGGCCACCAUCAAGUACAUAUGUAUUCGAUGGACUGAAUUGGCUUAAUUUUAAAAAUAAUAUACAGUCCAAGAUAGAAGUGACCACUGAUGGACUACUUGCCAUUUCUAUUGCAUGUCUGUGUCAAAAUGAAGUGUUUUUACAUGUAUGCUAAAGAGUCUGUUAAUUUGUAACAAACCGUGAUUGAGUGGCCCAUGUCCAUUACUUGCUGCUACCCUGAGGGUAGUGGCUUAAUGGAGUUUAAAUUAUACAAUAUAAUGAAAGUUUGUGCUGUUUAAGUAUCUAUAAUGAAAUCACUCCCUGUAGCACACCUUUUACUGCAUUAUGGUUGAUAACUUGAAUGUACAUGUAGAUCCUUAGAACAUUGGAUCUAAAGAGCUCCUCCUUGAAGUUUACUUUUGUUUUUCCCAUUAGAUGACACAGCUUCUUUUAACAAAAGGUGCCCAUGUCAAUGCAAGUGAUAAGAAAGACCGAAAGCCAAUUCACUGGGCUGCAUUUAUGGGUAAGUUUUAACUGGUUGGGGAGCUUGUGUUAACUCAAUAACAUGAGUAUUGAGUAUACUGUCAGUAGCAACUUACUGAUUACCGUAAAUGACCUUAUAAAUGCCGUGGUGUCUAUUCCAAGAGAGUUUAAAAAUAGAGGAACAUCCACUCCAUCAGUUGAUAUGUCUAGGUCUUCUAGAGAUCCAUAUCGCUCCUUCAAAUCUCGGCCAACAACAAUGUCAGAUUCCUGGCUCAAGGUUAUUGUGUCGCCAUUGUUAGUCAAUUGUAACUUUGAAAAACCCGUAAACCCUGGUUAAUCAAGCAAAAAAUGGAAUGAAUUGAAUGAUUUUGCUCCUUCUGCUAAUUCCUAGUGUUUUGGAGUAAUUCUCUUGUGGGGGUAGGGGGGGGGGGCGUUUAUUUGAAAGGGGCAUCCAAUACAAUUUUAACAGUGUAGAAAAGAGGUGUUUAUUUGGAAGUGGGCAAUUUUAUUAUUAGGUCAUUUACAGUACUGAUUAUUAUCAUUUUUUCAAUUUUUCAAUGGUGCUUGAUGAAUGUGCUUCAGGUUUCAACUUUAAUCUAUGUUGUAUAUUCUCGAUUUUUGAUUCCAGCAAGAAACUUGCAUUCAGAAUCAAAAAUCAGUCAUUAAGAAUCAAGUCUUUUCAGCUUUUCUGAUUUCUCAAUAAUGUCACAUUUACAUGUAUGUAUGCAUAUUGAGCAAAAUUACAUUGAGACCCACUGUAUGAUUCAAUAGCAAAACAAUAAUUGACGUGUACUUUUUUUCUAGAAUUUUGCUUUUUUCCUGAAAUGCCAACUCCUGUGUCAUGAAAAGAAUGUGCAACAAUUCCUCAACUUAAAUUUAAGAUACGCUCUAGUAUCCUUAAAUUUGACUAGUAAAACAAAUUUAAUUCUGUCUGCAAAAAUCAAAGGCCCAUGCAAAGUUGGCUUGUCACUUGUUCAGUCAGAUAAACAGCUUGCUGUAAAGUCGCAUUGUGCCAGCUCUUACUAGGAGCUUAAUUAAUGACAAUGGCCAUGGCAAGAAGAAUGGCUAAAAAGAAAUAAGUUUUAGACUGGCAAAACAACAAGUUUGCAUGUGCACACUUUUUUGUACAUUUUUUUGCUGUCCUUGCACGACUACAAUGUGAAACUUCUAAUUUCCCCUUUUAUGGAGGAUGUGAACUCAAGCCAGUUUUUUCUUUUUCCUUUUGUGAACUUAGAUACAGUCCUAUAGAAUUCAACUCCUGAAAAGGUGCCAACAUUUGACAAAUUAAAAGAGUUGCCCUAGAAUAAGGGUGAUGAUGUUUGAAACAGCACAAAUUAACUUUUUGGGUGAUGUUUUCGUUGCCGUUGCUGUUGCUGCUGUCAUUGCUAAGGCUUCUUAUUUACCACAAAUGUAAAUGCUAACCCUUAUUUACAAAACUGUAAAACUGUUGGCACAGCCACAUAACAUGAGUUCAAAAUAUUAAUUUUUUGUGAUUGUUCAUGUUGUAGGUCGCAUUGAAUGCUUAGAAAUCUUAUUCAAGUCAGGAACAGAGGUCAACUGUAAAGACAAGAAGGUAAGUGUAUGUUACAAUGUAUUACAGGAUUUUUUUGCAAGAAGGUACAUGUAGUAUUGUUGUUGUAGCAAAUUGAGGAGUAUUGAGUAUUCAUUUAUUAUUUGUUUUUUAUUCAGCAUUAUACACCUCUUCAUGCUGCAGCAGCUGGUGGACAGUUAUCCACACUUAAGCAGCUACUAGAAAAAGGGGCUGUGGUAAAUAUUGUAGUUUUUACAGUAUUUGUUUAUAGAUAUAAUAUAUAGAUUUAGCUGAGGCUAAAGGCGAAGCUCUCAUUAAUGAAAAAAACAUUGCAGUGAAGAAAUCCAAUUAGAGUUGAGCUUGCAAUCAGUUGAAAACUAGACACCUGUCCACAGUAAACUUCAAAACAAACACAUAGCCUUUAUUGGUCAACACCUGAGCUCGUGAUACGGUCAUAUGUUACUGGUCAGUGGAUACUUUGUUUUGUCAGCUGUCAAUUGACCACAACAUGGAUGUGCAUUCUCAGGUUGGAGGCUCCCACUUUAGCAAGAAAGGGUAACAGUUAAAGUGCCCCUUACCCUUCGAUUUUUUUUCUUUUGGUAAAUUUCCAUAUCUAUCAAGAACUCAUUUUUGAAAAAAAUUUGCAAAAAUAUUUAAUUCUGAUGUCUUUACGAGCACUUGAAGUUACUGAAAUUUUUAAAUUUUUGCAGGCUAUUAGCCCUGCUGGACAUAUUUUUGUCUCGUGGGCUCAUGAGGAACGAGCCAAUGAACGUCCGAUAUUUGACACUUUUUUAGCUGUUACAUAAGAAAUGCACACCAUUCCAAAGCCAAGGCAUUUAAAAUAUAGUGCGAUUUCGAAGAUUAUCACUUACAAUUUGUUUGGAAAUAAUAAUGUCUGUGAAUUUUCCACAUAAUUAUUCUAACAACUCUUUCUUGCAUGAUGUCCUUUGCUUACGUCACACUCCAUAUUUUUCAAGACUGACUUCGCUUAAAGUGCUAGUAAAAAAUCAGGAUUCAAUAUUUUUGGAAAAGUUUUUGAAAGUGAAUUCUUGAAAGAUAUGGAAAUCUACCAAAAGAAAACAAAUAUUAUUGAAGGGUUAUGGGCACUUUAACAUUUUUGUUUCCCUGUGUUGCGGACUAACAGGUGGGCGGGUGGACAGGUGGACUUAGGCCCAGUUCAUACGUCGUGCUUCUGCCGUGCCGAACUUAAUUCUUGAAUUAAGUUCGACAUAAGCACGGCAGAAGCACGACGUCUGAAUCAAAGUUUUUAAUUUAGUGCGGCAGAACAAUUAAGUUCGACAAGGUCUGCCGUGCUACACGACUCUGGCACGGCAGCGAUUCAGACGUCGUGCUUAUGCCGUGUCGAACUAAAUGCAUAAAUUUCAGAAAUGUAUUUUUCGCGGGAAUUGUUAUCUUGCGUGUCCCGCGAGUAGCUUCGAGGAAAAAUGUCCUUCAAUGAGCAUGCGCAUUGAUUCUGUUUAUUACCCCAGAGCUCCUCUGCGCAUGACGGCCAGGAAUCAGAAGCGUAAGCACUGGGCCGGGGUCGAGAAUGGUUUAAAACAAACAUGGCGGCUUUCCGCGCAAGUUUGCAUGCUCCUUCCUCCUUGGUUUGCAGUGCUGCAGAGUCCGAUAAUUCAUCAGAAGACGAACUACCUUUUGAAGAAAAUAUUCCACUAGCUGACUAUAAAGAACAAGAUGAAGAGGAAGACGAGGAAGCGAUCGGCGAUGUUGAGUCAGUGUCAUCGCAAUCGUGUUGUAUACGACCAAGGAUAAAAUUAAAGGUGGCUUUUGAUACACGAAACGUUUUCUUGAACAUCUGAUCAGUGUAUGUGUUCCAUACUUCUUCGAACCAUCCUUUGUUACGGGGAAACCGUCGACAUGAUCGAUCAGCAGUGGUUCUCUCGGAAGAAAUAAGAAGAGCAAAAAGAAAAAAAACUUCUAAUAAUAACAUUCGCCUGUCGGUCAAAAGGAAAAGGAUUUUCUGCUGCAUUUCUUUUCUUCUCCUCCUCGAGUUUUGUAAGAGUUUUGCAAGUAGCAAUUUACGCUGGAGGUUACGGUGCGGCGCCAUUUUCGUCACCGCUUACCGCUGUACUGACUACUGUGCGAACCCUGAAUUAAGUUCGACUCUGGCACGACGUCUGAAUUGAAGUCGUGCUUGUGCCGUGCUUCUGUCGAACCCAAUAUUAAUUAGGUUCGGCACGGCAGAAGCACGACGUAUGAACUGGGCCUUACAGUCACGUGAUUACCAAAAUUUCUUGGAUGGAUAAGUAACCAACUGGGGCUCUGCUAUUACGUCAAAAUAUUACCUGGUGAAUUUUGGUUUGGCACUCCAUUUUUGUGUAGCAAGAGUACUGGAGCUGGUAUGCAGGCACUCAACUCUUCUGUAGUUAUAUAUAACAAACAAUAAUAUUUCCAAAUCAAAUCUGACGUGAUUUGAUUUGGCAUACGGCGUAUUUGAUUUGGCAGGAGGCGUUUUGAUCAUACAGAAGGUAUUGAAGAGGAGUUGAAGUCAGGCAUCUAAGAAUCCAACCUGGCUUGUGAUCUCAGCAGGAUUUAAUUAUGAGUCUUACCUAUUGACAACUUGAUCACGCUGCCUCCAAGUUAAACCAGGUUCUGGUUUUACUUUGGUCCAGUUGACUAAAACUAAUUUCCGUACCUUUUUUUUGUGUUAGGUGGAUGCUACAAAUCUGCUGGGUAACACCCCUCUACACAUUGCUUGUCUUAAUGGUCAGGACAUUGUGAUCACUGAACUCAUCAGCUAUGGUGCUUCUGUCAAUGCCACUAACAAAAAAGGCAUGGUAAGUGGUAUUUAUAGUACAUACAGCUGUUAUGCGAUAAAGCAGUGUCCAACAGUGUCCUGGGGGUGGAGGGAGGGGUACUCACUGACAUUGUAUAUCCAUGCUGGUAUGUAUGGUCCCAAUUAAAGGAUGUGUUAAUUUUAACUGUUUAGGACAGAAAUGGGGUAUGGAGUUUUGAUGUCUGAAACCAGGAUCUCUGACUAGGUUUUCUUCAUUAAUGGUCUUUUGAGAACAACAGGUCAUGCAUUUUUUUAUCGUUGGCAUGAAAUUUAUAGGGGUCAGUUCAAAAAGCUCAAACUGCAUGUGGACAUAAUAUAUAGAUUUAGCCAGGGCUAAAAGCGAAGCUUCUAUUUUAACUCGAAUUAAACAAUAAACUUGCAGUUGUAUUUUACAAAUCAGUUAACUUUAGAGCACAUUCAUGUGACUUUUGAAGCAAAGGCUAAGUGAUUUUAGAUAAAAAUAAUGUGCAAACAGUCCAAGCUAAGAGUGAACUUAAUCUUACAUCGAGUUGAUAGCCUUAUAUGUACACCCAAAAAAUAGCAAUCAUCUUUGAUCACAUUCAAGAGCCACAAAAAUGUCUCUUGAUCACAGUAGAUUAGGCCUGGAAAACAAAUUCUUGGAGAACCAAUCAGGCCCAAUUUUUUGCGUUUGACAAGUUUACAAUUUAUUUUACAAAAUCUUGCUAACAAGUCUGGGGACGUGUAAACCAACCUUUUAUACUUUUUAUACAUCAUCUGAGGUGAAACAGUUCCAUGAGGCACUGUUUUUAUCAUACAGACCUCGGACAGAUAACAAUUUUGCAAUACAAAUUGUACUCAUUCAACAUUCAGGUUGAUCGAAGCACACGUGGGCUUUUACCGAACCGUUAAAAAAAUUUCUAAAAUCACCUAUACGGCUUGCCGGUUCUCACUUUUGACAAGCGCCAAAGUCGACUGUUUAAAUCAAGAUUAAUAGAGUUAUACGCUUUAACAUGAUAAAAAAUUUAUUAUGUUUGUUUCUUUAUUUAACGGUUUUAUAACUAUGUGUAAUCUUCAAAAGCGUUUGAUACACGCGGCAUUUUGGUCAUUUUGACUACUCCUGCAAGCGAUGUUCGUGAGCGACUGAAAACAAACGGCACAGCGAUGAAAAUUGCAAAAGAGACUACUAACAAUCAAUAAAAGGAUAAUAAUUUGGUGAAACAUAUACAGAGACAACAAUUUUCAUUCACGAAGACAAGUAAAAAGUGUCUCUGAAAAUCCUUGUUUGUGUUUUAAGCCUGCUUCCCGGUGUUUGCUUUUUUCAAAGGUGAACUCAAGGCAAGAAAAUCGCUGAAAGCUUUCUUUUACAGCCAGAAUUAUAACUAAAUAUUCUUUGGAACGUUUUCUUUCUAUUUGCAGUGAGAAAAUGUCUAAAGGCUUUUUAAAGUUCUAUAAGCUUAUAAUCAAACCUGAUACUCGGUCAGAUCGAUCAUUGUCUCAAAUCUCACAAACGUGCAUAAACUAAAUAGUCGCAUAAACUACGCCUGACUUCAUUAAAUUAGACAUAAAAAACAAACAUCGAAUACAAUAAUUACUCAGGCUUACCAUUCGAGAUGCUCUGAAAACUAUCAAGUAAGGCCAGAAUCGCUUCAGACUUUUCAACCCUCUUACGCAUCAAGCAAGGUGAAAAACGAAAACGAUGCCAUCUGAAAUCGGAUUUCCGACUUUGACAAGCGAUGUAUUUCACAACCAAAAAUAAACAAACUAGCUAUGAAUAACAGAAGACUCUUGGUAGCAGCAGAAUUUCAUUUUGUACAUUCAGCGGAGAAAGACAGUUAAAAACAUCACAAGUUGACACAAAACUCUGUCAGUUUCAGCUGUCAAAGUAAACAAGUUUCAAGAUGCUGCAUAAAUUUUCCGCAUGAACUCACCUGUCAAAUUUUGACCAAUCAAAGCAUAAAAAUUGGACGUAGAGCGUGACCAACGCGUGACCUUGGUGAGAAAAGUCAAAAGCAACUGGCAUGUCUUCCCUGCCCUUAAAAACUGGCUGAAUUUUAGCUUCCAAGGUCAGUUUGAAAUCAAAAUUUUAAUUGUGCGACACAUAUAAAACACAACAUAUUUCAUAUGAAUUAAAAAAAUUAAACUUGAGCCUGCGAUCAUUUGAAAACAUUUACUAGUAACUUGUCAGCGGAUAACUUCAAAAAGAUACUCGACCUCGAUGGGUCGACACCUGAGCCCGCGAUACGGUCAGGUGAUACUGGUCAGCAGAUACCCUGUUUUGACAGCUGUCAAUUGAUCACAACAUUGAUGUACGAUAUGUGUGUAAUAUCAGUCUUCCUGUGCUACCAAACUAGCUAGAAAGUGUGAGAUUGAACAUUGGUUUUCCUGUGGUGCGGACGGACGGGCGGGCUGCGGGCGGUGUACGGUCACGUGAUUACCAAAUUUUCUCGGAUGGGUAGAUUUACUUACCCAUGGUGCGCCGCAGGCGCGCUUCGCGUGCCAGAGCGCCGCUACAAUGUAAGCAUUAGUACAGUACAUCUGUACCUACUACAAAUAUGUAUAUACAUCUAUACCAUGGUUACUCUUGUUCGUUGUAGACUCCAUUACAUUAUGCCGCUGUGUCAGGGCAAGGUGAUGUGUGUCUUGAACUGCUGUUGAAGGAUGGUGCAAAUCCAAACUUGCAGGUUUGUUGUGUAUUGUCCUCUUUGUCACUCAAUAAAUUAAUUUUUUGUGGUAGUUUGUAAUGGUUAAACUUGUAUUUGAUUUCUGUUAAGUGCAAGAGUGGGAGAACGCCUCUUCAUUAUGCUGCCUUGUAUGGUCGUUGCUCAAGAGCUCAAACGCUUCUGCAAAAUGGUAAGAGCUUUAUACUGCAUCCCUUGUACUGAAGGUAUAACAUGAUCAAUAUUAUCUGCUCCCUUAGCUCUACAUAGUUUCCUUGAGACAAUCUGACUUUGUGUACAAUCAGAAACUCAUAAGGGUUUGAAACGUGUAACUCGCGUUCAAUACUCGUGAAUAUUCACUUUUACCAUAUUUGGAAACCUUAGUGGCAGAUAUCCAUUUUCAACAUAUCGCUGCUGCGCGAUCACCAUGCAGAUGUUUUAAGACAAGAGUUCUGCAUUUCAAGGUAAAAAUACACCGUUAAAAGACAAAAAAUGGAAGGAGAAAGUUCAAAAGAAUGCUCAGCUUUCUUUUUGUGGAGGAAGGGAAGCUUUUCAUCAAGAAAUUGUUCUUAGAGGAAUUCAACCUUGUUUUCUUCCCGACGGAGCACAUGGUCUGUUUUGAAAUGCAACCAAGGCAGUAAAGUUUUUGCUGAAUUUUCAGGUACAUUUUGCACUCUAUGGCCAAGACAAUUACGUUUUUGAAAGGCAAUUUAUGUAUUUUUAAAUGUUUCAGAGACGUUUUAUAAAUUUUUCUCUUCGGCGCUAAAGAAAAAAUUACAAAAUGUGCCCCGAUUUGAGAUGGAUUUUGUGUUGAAUUUUGCCAUGUGCUCAGCCGAUUUCACUUGCGUGAACGGAUCCACGAUCCAGAUAGUGCUUUCCGAAUUGCUUUAAAUGAUUAACGUUUUGGAUUUUGAAUAAAAAUUUUCAAGAAACGGCUUCUCUGUCUAGUUUGUUUGUUUGUUUGAGUUUGUUCAUUCAUAAAAUUUGCUCAAAACACGAUCGUGACUACAACAUCCAAGCUGAAUUGAAGCUUAAAAUUAAUGCUUCUCACAUUUAUUACACACAUCACUUUUUGCGAAGAUGUCAGGUUCAGGUUUUGGACACUUUUCGAUACGCAGCUAAUGAAUUUUAUUCGAAAAUAUUUUUCACUGUUUAUUCUAGACUUUUAACAAGCCUAUUUGCAGUAUAAGUUUACUGUGGAGAGGGUAAACGAGGCAUCGUUUUUUGAAGUGACAACUUCAAGAAGUUGCGAGGACGUCAAUGGGUUUCAUAAUGUUAUGUUUGGCCCUGGUGGUAAGGCAAUAAUAUCCUGCUUUAAUAGUGUUGGGGUAAGAUUCCUGGAUUCAACCUUUGAAAGCUUUCUUGGCUUUCGGGAGUUUUCCCCCUGUUUGCUGGCCAUUUUUUUCAAGCGGGCGCGGAAACCCGAAGUAAAGUUACGUCACGUUGUUUGCGAAGUUUGAUUGGUCAGUUAUCUCUUCUUCUCGUUCCAAAUAUGGUACUUUCGAAAAUGAAUAAUCACGAGCAUCGGACAAAGCAAAUAUAUGAGAGUUACACCUUUCAACUCCUUAUGAGUUUCUGGUACAAUCUAAUUAUUGUUCUCUGUUAUCCUGAAUUCAAAUCCUUAGCUGUGCUUGAAAAUAGCCAGUUUCCUUUUCCCAUGUAAGUACAGGUGUACCCAGUUGUUUUCUACAUUUUAAAGGAAAGGUGGAGCGAAAUUUAGGAUUGUAAUUAAAAGAAUUCAGCGAUUUUGUGAUGAUUCAGGGAACGUUGUAAAGGUCCCUUUAAAAAAAAAAAAAAUGAAAAUUCCUUUCACCUUCAUUUAAUUGAGACUGGUUGUCUACAUUUUCGUUGACCCCGUGACAUCAUCAUACCUAUUUGACCAUACCCUAUUUUUCUACCCUACUACCUGUAUAUGUCACUGGUUUUCUGGAGAUGACAGACAGUCGAACCUCCAUGUGUGACCACCUCCCAAAAGUGACUGUGAAUCCAAAACACCAAAGUUUUCCAGUCAAAGCCUUACAGUUUAGACCUCUAGUAAUGGACCACUUUUUGGGCCUAAGAAUCAAUGAUUUCCCAUUGUUUUUAACCUCUUGUAAGCGACCACUUGACGCAUUCUCUGAUCUCCAUGUUCCUUGUGUGUAUUAUGCUACCUAGAAUAUACAAUAUGUAUGAAGAGCUUUAUUAACGACAUGGAACUACACAGUGUGUGACUUAGAAAUUGUAGGCAGUAAAUUAUCUUCCAUAAAAUAGAUGUGCCCAGACCUCUUCUUGGAAGAGGCCCCAUGUGGUUUGAUUUGUGUGAGCGACCACCUUCUGUAAGUGACCACUAAUCUUUGCAUUUUUGCUGGUUGCUUAUGGGAAGUUCGACUUUAAUAAUGUUGUAAACCCUUUUUAAUGGCAUAUUUUAUCACAUAAUUAUGUCCAGAUCUGAUUAAGCUAGUAAAAACUGUUGGGGUGAUAAGAUUGAUGAACCCUAAUAAAAAUUGGACAGUACACCUCAUUUUGUUUGUUUAUUAAGGUUGUUAUGUGGAUGCAGCAGACAUACGAGGUAACACUCCUUUGCAUAUAGCUGCUUUACAUGGUCAAGAAUUACUACUGAGUGUUCUGUUAGCCAGUGGAGCAACCCAUGCUAGGUAAGGUUUCUUUGGUUACUACCGGUAGUUUCAGCGUUCAUACUGUCACACCUGUGUUAAUAGGGCACCCUGAGGUAGGUAUUGUAAUACUUGUCCUUCAAGGGACGCUUCUGUUUUGGGGAGGGGGGGGGGGGCAAAGAAAGUUUUGACUGACAGCCCAUUGCCGGUGGCUCCUGUGAUUGGCCUAGUGAAUUCCAUUUUUAACUCAUCCAAUGGGGAAGUGAGGGUUUUUGGUUUUUGGUUACUAGUUUCAGUGUUAAUACUUUCACACCUUUAUCAAAAGUAGCCAGCAUAUAUUCCACAUUUGUUAUCUUCUUUUUGUUUUAUUAUGACAGUGAGUGCUUUUGUGUUGUGGGUGGGAGUGGGACUCACCUGUUUUUUUGUUUUUUUUUUGGUUGUUUGUUUCUGUCUGUCUGCUUCUUCUUUUUAACUCUUGUUGAAAGGGGGGGUGAUGGGGGUGUUUUGUUUUUGUUUGGUCGGCGGGGGGUGUUGUGGGGGGGGGGGGGGGGGGGGGGGCAAAGAAAGUUUUGUCUGACAGCCCAUUGCCGGUGGAUUCUGUGAUUGGCCUAGUGAAUUCCAUUUUUAACUCAUCCAAUGGGGAAGUGAAGGUUUUUGGUUUUUGGUUACUAGUUUCAGUGUUCAUACUGUCACACCUGUAUCAAGAGGGCACCCUGAGGUACAUUGUAAUACUUGUCCUGCGAGGGAAGCUUCUGUUUUUGGGGGAGGGGGGGAGAAAAGAAAGUUGUGUCUGACAGUCCAUUGCUGGUGGAUUUUGUGAUUGGGCUAGUGAAUUCCAUUUUUAACGUAUCCAACAGGGAAGUGAAGGUUUUUGGAGGAAUUAGAAUUACCGAAGAACUGUUAGUAAAAUUGGUUAAAUUCCUGAUAAAAUAAUUCAUGUAGAUCAAAAGCCGUCUUUCAAGCUGAUCUGCUGGAGUGAAAUUAUUACAAUUAUUAUUGCAAUGAAUUGAUAAAACAAAUACAAAUAAUUAUUAAUUCACCACUAGUGUGAUUUAUCAAUCAAUAAAAUGAUGUACUGAUUAUUAUUAAUUCGCAACUAGUGGUAUUGAUUAUCAAUCCUGCUCGUCAAACAAUUUUUUUCAACUAACUAAAAUGACUCUUUGGCUAAUACAUGCAAGCUUAACUGAUCUUCUUUGCAUACUUUGAUACAAGUCUAAUGUGUAGUUUGUAAAUUUUUUAUAGACGGGGUUCAUUUGGAAUGUUACCUCUUCACAUGGCAAGCUUAGGUGGACAUACAGACUGCUGUAGGAAACUUCUUUCAUAUGGUAAGUAAUCACUGAUAAACUGUUAUAUAAGUUGCAUCAAUGGGCAAGUAGUUCAUUAUUAAACAUAAAAGAAAUACAAAAUUCAUCUUUCUAAAGCCUUGCUGUUAUUUAACAAUAUUAUUCCUCGAGCCCAAAUGGGCUCUGAGUCAAUAACCCAUGAGGCCAAAGGCCGAAUGGACUAUUGACUUAGAGGCCAGGAGGGCGAGAGGAAUAAUAAUUGUUUUAGUAAAAUCCAACUAGUUGGUCAAAAUUAUUGAGACAAAACAACUUUAGCUAGCAAAACGCGAUUCAGCCGCCAUUGUUUUGGUUUUCAAAGCAGGCACUUUUCGCUACUAGUGGGCUGUAACAUAUAGCCUUGUAGUAGCUCAACCAAUCAGAAUGCAGCUUUGAUAAUAGAGGACUAUUUGGAUUUUACUAAAGAGAAAUUACCGGCAGUCACCAGUAGAGGUAAUAUAAAUCAUAGUAUCUUGUACAUAUCUCUGAGUGACUGAAGCAUUCUCUUUCUAUUUCUAGGAAAUGAUGUAAAUGCAAAAGAUGAUAAUGACCACACAUGUGCUCAUGCUGCUGCAUGUAGUGGGUAAGUCACACACAUUAUUAUUUGUAUCAUAUAAGACAGUCAACUCUCUCAAGGGUGGAUAUUUUUGGAAGUGGCUCCAAAUGUCCAUCUUAAUGAAGGGUCUGUCUUAUGGAGAGUUUAGCUAAAGUAAAAGUAACUGAAAAGGCAGGAAGGGGCCUCCACCAAGUGUGUGUCUUUUAAAAAUGUCUAUCCUUGUGUAAGUGUCCAUAAAGAGAGAGUUAACAGUACAACAUGAAUUUACUGUUGUGGAGCAGUUAAUAGUUUGAACCGAGAAGUCAUUUCAUAGAUUGGUGGAGUAUGAUUGUCUAGUUGAUCAUAGUCCUAAAUAGGACUGUUGGUGACAGUGACUGAUGUUUCGACAACCUGCCUGGUAGCCAUCUUCAGUGUCAAAGUACGCUGUAUCAUAUCAGUUGAUGGUAUUGAACUCUGGUUAUUGGCCUGAUUGGUCAAUCGAGUGGCAAUGUUGUUUGGUCGUCUGUCAGUUAAGCUGUGAUGUUAUUGGCUAUGGAGACUCUCAAUGUGAUUGGUGUGUUUCGAUCCAUCUUUUGUCACAGUUGCUUUAGAUGGGUAUUAUGAAACUCCAUCAAGGGGAGCUAACAUUGUUUUGUCAAUUACUUUACUCAUUAGGUUUUGUGCUUUUUUGACAGUCAGUAAAUGCAUCAAUGAUAUUGUUAUUCUAGGAAUGUUGAAUGUCUAGGACUUCUGUUGCACAAUGGUGCUGACUUGACUGCUGUUGAUAAACUGGGAAGGUAUGUACUUUGGAGAUUUUCCAUUUUCCAUACAAACAUAAUAUUUUAUUGGCUUGUCAACACAAAGCUUUUCAGAGUCAAUGUUACAAUAGUAACUUUGAAAAACACAGUUACACACAGAAAGCUAAAAAACCUCAAAAAAUAAUUAACCCUAAUUAUUUAUGAAUAAGGGCUAAGAAACAAAGGGAAUUGAGAAUCAAAAUAGGAUAAGUCAGAAUUAACCUGAAAUCAAAUUUGACUUGUAACAUGUACAAAUGAUUAAAGUAAUUAUUGAUAAUGUUUAUACCGUGAAGUUUGGAAGUAAUGACCCCCAUUCAGAUUUAGCAGCCUUUUCCUAUCAUACUUUCUGAUACCCAAUCACAUCAGUGAAUUUAGCUGGUUGUAAUUAAUGUUAACAUUGUUGUGAUCAUAGGAGCGCUCUUCACUAUGCAGCAGGUCAUGUGCAUUACUUGUGUGUGAAGUCCUUAGUGGCAUCAGGUUGUAUUGUAAAUAAAGUUGAUACAAGGGGAUGCACACCGCUUCACUAUGCCUCUGCUGCAGAUAAAGAUGCCAAGUAAGCAAUGCCGUCAUUUUUUACAACGUUUAUCCCUUUUGUUGUUAUAGAGGUACAAAGACAUCGCAACCCUUUUUUACUUACUCUCAAGCAAACAUGCCUCUUGGUCAAUCAGAGCAUGUGUAGCCCAGGGGAGUACUCUGGAUUUCAAGUGACAGGGAUGAUCGAAUGGGGGCAAAAAUCAAACCCUCCCAAAAUAUCUGUACCAAAAUGUAACCCCCCCAAAAAUCCCAUGCCGAACUUCAGAGAAAGCAUUAAAUAAUAUAACUAUAAUGAAUCUUCAGAUUGUUUUGAAUACCCCCAAAAUUCCUUACUUAAAUCAAGCUGCCAAAAAAAAUACUUGCCAAAAUUUUCCUACCCCCAAAAAAUCCCGAAUUCAAAAUUUCAAACCCAAAAAAACUCUUCGGUCAUCCCUGUCACUUGAAAUCUGGAGCGCCCCCCCCCCCCUGGGGUAUUUACUUCCCAAAAUAUUCCUUCUUAAAAAAACCCCCCAAAAAAAAAAUUUCCCAAAAUUUCCCCCCCCCCAAAAAAACCCCAAAUAAAAAUUUCAACCCCAAAAAAACCUUUCGGCCCCCCCCCUCCCUUUAAACUUGGGGCGCCCCCCCCCCCCCCCUGGGGUAUUUACUAUCUUGUAAAUGCAGCAUUUGCCUCUAUGUGGUGAAUGCAAUAAUGUUAGUUGUGUUAAUUUCCUGUUCGUUGCAGAUGUGUGGAACACUUACUGAGAAAUAGAGCUAAUGCUAGUAAAAGGGAUAAACAAGGUUACAGCCCAGUACACUAUGCUGCUGCUAAAGGACAUAAACUGGCACUAGAAAUGGUAGGCUUGGAAAUUAAAUGCUAUAGGUAUUAGCAAUGUGAAUAACAAAGGUUUGUAGUGUCUUGAAAACCCUUGAAUUUUAGAAACCUUUUUUUAAGUCCUUGAAAUCGUCCUUCCUUCCUUUGCCAUUAACCACAUAAGAAUACAACACAGGGUGCAAAGAAAAUAGUUUUAUUUACAGCUUGCCUUUUGGGCAAGCUGAAGCUAGCAUUUACUUGCCCAGACACCAUUUCAACUAGCCCCAAAAACUUUUUGACUAGCAGAAUUGAUUUCACAGUUCUUCUGUUAUCUGAAUUCCUCGACUUGCCCGUCGGGCAAGUUAAAAACAGAAUUCACUAGCCCGAUAGCAAAAUCCACCAGCCCCAGGCUACUGGACACUACUUUCUUUGCACGCCUACAACAACAAUAAACAUUAAAGAUAAUAGACACUAUUCUAACCAAAUUAUUUACAAAAUUAAAUGUUUAAAGUUGUUAUGACAAGGAAGGCUAUAUAGAUGCUUAUACACUAUAGGUUUCCUAGCAAUAUAGGGUAAACCAUGUGAGUUAAGGGUACUGAAUGGAAAAUUUAUUGUUUUUAAAAGUAAAGAAAAGAAGAGAAGAAAAGGUAUGUAACUCAACAAAGAGUAGACUUGACUUAGAAAGAAGGAAUUCGUUCAUUCAUUUUGGUCCUUGAAAUCCUUGAGGGACAUUUUCAAAACUCCAAAAAACUUUGCCACAUAGUAAUAAAAUCUUAAAGAAAUGAAAGUCAGGUGUCUCUGAAAUAGGAAAAAAAAUGCGUGAUCACUUCUGUAUACACACCCAACUUUUUAGUAAAGGUUACCUCUUCUUCAAACUCCUAUAAUUAUUCUGACAUAAUGUAUCAAUAUUGUUUUAGUUAUUAGAUGUAGCUGCAACAGAUCUUUUAAAUAAAAUCACAGGCUUUCCAGCAACAACUCCACUUCACUUAGUGGUAAGUUACUGUAAACAGUGAAUUGAAAGUUACUUAUUUUAUAUUAAGGGUUAUGAGUGCCAGCUUUGUUCCCUGCCCUGCCCCUCCUAUACUGUGGCCCAAAUGCUAAAACACAAAGUCAUUUCCAAUUCCUUGUCUCUAAGCGUCAUAAGAUAAUAUCACCUGAUUUUCAUGGCCCUGGAGGGACUGUAAUAACAGCUUUUUACUUUGUUCGUUAUGUAUAUUAUAGUGUCUAUUUCUUGGAAGUUUUGGCAAUUUUAGCAUUAAUUACCAACUAAUCAUUAACCCUUUAAGCCCUUAGAGUGAUUUGCAUCAAAUUUCUCCUUUUAAUAUCAAUGCGCUGUAAAACAGAGUGGUCAUGAGAAUUAUGGACAUGAUCACACAAGAUGAAUUUGAUUGAUUAUUUUUCAACUUCUCCCCACUACUUUUGUAGUAAAUGAAUAGGGGCAACAAAGGAGAAUUCAAAUUUACACCUUGAAGGGGCUAUGUCACAAGGAUACUGUUGUUUUAGGUCAAUUCUGUGCUGAAGUCAUUACUCAAUGCCCUUUCCUAAGCACAAAAUGUUCCGUUAGAGAUGUGAAGAAGAUAUCAACCAAUUUUUGUCAGGGAGCACUAAUCAUAAUAAUUUUUUUGGUGAUACAUGUAUCACAUGAAAAGUUGAAAAAGUUGGGCCAGUCCAUGUGCAUCCUUCCUAUCUGUCACAACAGAUGACAAAAAACAGUUUUAAUGCCCAACUGUAGUCCUAAUUAACAAAUCUGGUCCAUUGUUUUUGGAAUUCAAUUGGUGGGAAGUCGAAUUUUGGCUUUUUAGCAAAUAACACAACAUAACCUUUUUAAAACUGUUCAAAAAGAACAGAAAAUCCAAAAGGGACAUGGGUGGUGAAACAUUUUUAAACAGAUUCAUUUUCGUAAAAAUAAUUUGAAUGGUUCUGUGCUACAUUUAUGUAUUGUUUAGUUUACUCUUUGUGAGAAAUUUUUAGACCUUUUAGUGAGGGUGUUAUCUUUAAAACUUUGAGCUGUAAAAGGCUGCAAGGUAAUUUCAGAAUGAUGCCUUUGGAACAUUUGAACUGAGAAAUCAUUGUGGCUCACUUUUGUUUGUUGUGUAGGCUUAUCAUGGCCAUUUUCAAGCUCUUCAAGUUCUUUUAGAGUCUUUUCUAGACAUUGAUAUCAAGGAUUCUAAUGGUAAGUUGAUUUUUGGUGCUCUUUCACACUUUGAAUUUAAUUACUAGAUAAAAAAACUAGAUAAUUUUAUCUGGACAUUUGUUAUUUUUUUUAUAGGUCAUACUCCUCUGUAUUUUGCUUCUUUUCAAGGACACGCGUAUGUAUCAGUAGUAUUUUCAUCCCUCAUGAUUAUGGCCUUGUGGUUGUUUCCAUUUGCAUUCAAUUAUGGUACAGUUUUUUCAGAUGAGUGGGUCUUGUGAAAAGGUUGUCCUAUUUUGCUCGGUUAGAAUAGAAACACUUGUCUUCAAACGGAAAUUUCCAAAUAAAUUUUCUGCUAUAUUUUGAUAACAUGUUAAAGAUGUAAAACAGUUGAUUAUGUCAAUAAUUCAUAAAACAAAGAAGAGUUUUUGUGAUAAAAGCAGCGAGUGAAAGUGUCUAAGUUACAGGGUCAUUUGCUGUAAUGCUCAGUGUUGAAUUUGCCGUAGUUUAUCUGCCUGGGGCAUCAUUUCGGCUCUUUACUUUAUUGUACCUGUCACAGCUCCCAAAUUAAGCUCCUCUAAGCUCGUCAGUUAUCGGUAUGAGUGCUUUUCGUUCAGAGAUUAUCAAGAUUUACCUUCAAUUCAUGUAGCUUCUGCUUGACAUAAAGUUUUUUAAACCUUUUGCUUGGUUCCCUUUCUAGUCCGGAAUGACAAAAUGAUGGUCUCUCCUGUUUUCUUUUGCAGCGAAUGUGUCGAAUGUCUCUUAGAACAUAAUGCCAAAGUUUUAGUUUAUGACAAUGUUACCAAGAGAACACCGCUCCAUGCUGCAGGUAAAGAUUUGUAUAUACAACGGCACUGCUUCGUUGUUUGCAAUAAAAAGAAUGAAUGUGUUUGAGUAUUUUUAUAAGGAAGUUCAUGUGUGUUCAAUUUUUUUUAUAGAUACCCCUGGCCCUUGUUGAGUCCAGACAGUAAAAAGUUUGUUACACAGUCGAACCCCCACUAACCUUAACGGCCACCUCUCUACAACGGCCAUUUUUUUGUCGGACAGUCCAUACAUUCACUCUUGUUCCAACUUCUCUACUCGGCAACGGCCACCUUUCUAUAAUGGCCACUUUCUCCUGUCCCCAAGGGGCCUUUGUAGAGAGGUUCAACGGUACCUUCUUUUGGUUUGCAGCUUAUAAUGGGCACACGGACUGUUUAAGACUUCUUUUACAAUACAGCCAAAUAGAGGUUGCGAUAGACUGUACAGAUGCUGAAGAAAGGUUAGUCGUAGGUUCCUUCAGUUCAUUUUGUCUUAAGUUGAAACUGUUAGCUUUUAGGGACAACUCUAGCGAACAUCCGAGUAUGAAUCAAGACUAAAAAAAAUGUAUGCUUUGGGAUUGUUCACACAAACCUUGGCUGUGACUUAGAAUGAUUAAUCAUACUGCUAUAAAAGUCCCUUCCUUGGGCAAGGCUGUGCUUUAAGGAAAAAUAAAGGGGGAUCAUGUGUCUUGAUUGCUAGUAGUCUAUUGGUAAUAAUGUGCUCCACGUUUUGUUCUCUUUACAGGACUCCUUUAAUGGCUGCAGUUGGCAACGGAUUCGUGGACUGUGCCAACCUGUUACUCAGUGAAGGCGCCAAUAUGUUAGCCUUGGAUAUGUAUCAUCGAAGUGCUCUUCACAGAGCUGUAAGCAGCAGCAAGAACUUUCAUCAUAUAACCCUCUUGACUACUUUUCUCCGUAAUUCUUUUGUUGAAAAAUUAGGGUGGUAUGAUUUCAUCUAAUUCUGUGUACACCUCCCGCCCCUUCUCCGUUUUUUUUUUGAGGGGAGGGAAGGGAGGUCUGUACACAGGCUAGGUUUCAUCCUUUUGGUCUUUUUAGGUUAAAAGCUAUCCACUCUUGAGCAACUGUUAAGCUUCUCUAUGUAACCGUGAUUUGAAGUUCUUUCGAAGCUACCUUCUUUGUUAAAGGAAAUCGUAAUCAAGUGAUGUGUCCAUGCAACUCGAACUUUUCCUCUAUUUUACAAUACAUAAUUUUUUUGGAAUUCUUAUUUGGGGCGUUCUUUAAUAGGUGAAUAAGGAGAGGGGAUCUUUGAGGGGAGCUGAACGAGAUUAACUGUACUGCGGUUUGUCUAUGACUUCGGUUAUUGAAAAUAGUACGUGUUUGCACUUUCUUCUAAAUUGAAUUUUCUGGGAAACUGCCCACCUACCCCUCCCUUAAGUAAGCUGCGAGCAAGCUCUCCUAUUUGGGUGAGUGAAGCGAGUCUCGUCUCUCUCCUUUCCUCGGCCCCUCGCUCGCGCGUUCUCGUGAGGCUCACUUCGCUUGCCCAAAUAGGAGAGCUUGCUCGCAGGCUAUCCCUUAAGCAAACAUUAACACUCACUUCUCACUUAGGGCAAAAUAUUUGCUUAAGGAAGGGACAGGUGGGGUGUUUCCCAGAAACCUCACUUGAUUCUUACUUUCGACGAAAUGGACAAUAUUGUCAAAGUGCUGCCAGACAUUGAGCACAGCUUAAGCUAAACUGAUUUAGUUUCCCUGUUUCUGUUUUUUAAAUUUUUCAGGCAGCAAAUGGUCACGAUGACUGCGCUGAAUCUCUUUUACACAGGGAAGCAGAUUCUCUUUGUAGGUAGGUUGGAUACGAGUUCGUAAUUGAAGUAAUAUGUAGUGUCAUUUUUGUUUAAUUUCUCCAUAAGUUGUCAAUUAACUCUUUAAACCCUAAGAUCAAAAUUUGAAUUCUCAUUUGUUGCCCAUAUUAAUUUCUUACAGAAGUAGUGGGGAGAAGUUGUUAAAAUAUCAGGCGAAUUCAUCUUGUGUGAUAAUGUCCGUAUUUCUCGUGACCACUCUAUUUUAGAAAGCAUUGAUAUUACAAGGAGAAAUUUGAUGAUGAUCACUCUUAAGGCUUAAAGGGUUAAAUAGGAAUGCAUCACUGGAGUGUUACCCUGUUUCUUACCUUUAUGUCCCUCUUUCGUUUUCAGAGAUUGCAAUGGUCGCACACCUCUUCAUUUUGCAGCAGCUUGUGGCCAUGUUGGCAUUCUCAAUGGUCUCUUACAAGUCGUAGGUAGUGGUGUUCACAUGGACAAUCACGGAUACACGCCGCUUCACUGGGCUUGUUUUAACGGUAAGAACUAAUGCCCCCUUAGUGCGAAUUGAACAACAUAAUUUAUUAGUUGAGGCAAGCAUUGUGAAACAGCGCAGUGUUCGUUUUGUUAUACCUAAACUAGAAUACCCACAGGGAAAAACAUUGUUUCUCGGCGUACGGCCAGUUUGUCUGCACACCGGUUCUCCCCUCCGCAAAAUUGAGCCCGCAAGGACUCGAUAUAUAAUUUUCGAGGCCGAGCACCUUCUUAAUUUAGGGUCUGGUAAGCGGGCCCCCACUGAAUCCGCCACGGCACAAUACAGCUUUUUCGGAUUCAGUACGUUUACAAUGCGCUGAUACUUUGCUUGUUUUGUAUUCGGGGUUUUCCCUGUACUGUUUCAUGCAGGGAUACUUGCGGGAUAAGUAAAAUUCAAACAUGCCGUUAGUUUGACUAGUAUUAACCAUUUUGAGACUGCGGUCGACGCUGGGUCGGUGUUGUGUCGAGUUGCACUCUGGGACUGUCUUGGGGGAGAAAUUUGGUCCAGUGUUCUACGCGACCUCGAAAUAGCCAGUAAAAGAAGCGAUAACAAUCUUAAAACACACCCAUUUAAUGCCAUUUGCAGCACCAACCAGUGUCAGUCGCUCUGUGGCCCAGUGUAUUACAUAUUUUACCGUCUUUGCCAAUAAAUAAACUGCUUUUAAGAGAGAUAUUUCUAAAUGUUGUUUCAUUGACAGGUCAUGAUACUUGCGUGGAUAUCUUGUUAGAGGUACGAAAUACGUUCUCAUCUGCGUGUUCAUUUUGUUACAGUUUGUACAGGAGGGGGGGGAGGACUGUACUAUCAAAAUUUAAAUUCUGAUUUGUGUACUCUGUACAUUUCCCUUAGAAGUAGUAGGAGGAAAUUGUUCAAAAAGAAUCCUGUAAAUUUGUUCUUUUGGCCAUGUCAUUAAUAUUCAUGAUUACUUUGAUUCAUAAAGCUCUGAUAUUAUUUUAGUACAAGGAGAAAUUAGAUGCUGAUCGCUUUGAAGCUUAAAGGGUUAAGGGACUCUUUUAUAUGGUGCGGAAAUCCCUGUGAACCGGCUCAGUUUCAAUAGCAAGUCCCUGUGCUGCUAACUGCAAGCAUAAGUACUCUAGUUCACUUCUUGUACAAACAAGAUCCAAGUAGUUUUAGACACAGGUCUACUAUUAAUUUAAUUCCGACCGACCGCACGCUCAGACGCGCGCACGCACGCGAACGAACGAACGAUGAUGUCACGGUUCAACUCGGAAAAAGAAAAUAUCGAGUUUCUAAUGAGAUUCAAGCCCAUGACCAGUAUUGUGGAAGGCCCUUGUCUCCAUUUCCGCUGGGAACCCGAAAAAACAACAUUACAUUUUAUAAAAUUAUAAUUAUAGAGUAGAUCACACUCAAAAAGUGGGUUUGGUUCCACGAUGCAUUGCUAGCGCUCGCUGAUUGUCGCAGUGUUAAGCUGUGAUUUUUGAAAGGAAAUAUUCUGUAUUUGUCCUUAGGGAGACAAUUCCAAGGCAUUUGAUGGGAAUCCAUUUUCGCCACUUCACUGCGCUGUGUAAGUAUUUUAGUACGAUUACUCAUCUCUUGAAUGGAAUUUCAAGUACCCUUUGUCUCUGUCCUAAAUUACUUAUCUGUCUUUGCCAAUGAAACUGAAACAAGCACUUCAUUUGUCCGGCAUACUUGGCCACUCACGGGAUACAAAAAUGAUUGCUUUUAGUUUGCUUUACAAUAUUAUGUGGUGCUGUGGCGAGAGCACUUGCUUUCCUCCACCUCGUGGCAUGGGUUCCAAUUCCAGUAACGGCGCUAUAAUAUGUAGGUUGAGUUUGCCAGUUCUGUUCUGAACGCACCCCUUUUACCAUUUCCCAAGCCAGAAUGAAUUGUUUUCCAGUUAUUGAAAAUGUAUUACCGCGAAGUGACAAUAUCCGGGUACGUGACCCGUGACGCGUGACGAACCCCUAAGAACGUCUGCGUGGGAUGCUACUAUCCUGGUACAAGGUUGAGAAGAAACUGAACUAAUAGAAAACUGCCAUUUAGAUACAAUUCUAUUUUCCCUUUUAUUUAGGAUAAACGACUACGAAUCCUGUGCAGAAAUGUUGCUAGAUACGCUAGGAGAUGAAAUAGUCAACAUGUGUGAUAAAAAAGACAGGUGGGCAAUAUGAGCUUUUUUGAGUGACGAACGUCAACCGGAAGUAGACUUUUUGCAUUCUCGGACAGGGGUUUUGCCCCAAUUCUCAGGCGUCUUCUCUUUAUGAGUUAAGACACUUGGUGAUACAAAUUUAGUCGCGUAAAGGCAUAGUAACAGGAAAAAGACCACACUUCCAUUUGACGUGCGUCGCUCAAAAAAAGUCUUUGCUUAAGCUUCCAAAUGAUAUGGAAUCGCACUCUACUUCUUUUAAAGUUAAAAAGCUUGUCUGUUGUAAUGUCCUUGUUUACGUUCCAUGGUUACACCCUUUUAUAUUCAACGAGGGGAAAUGCGCAACCAAAUGGUCUGGUUUUUUUUCUAACCUAUUUCAGUUUUGGCUUAAAUUUGGUUGUAGUCGGUUGAGUCUUACCCUUGGUGACACAGACUUAUCAUGCGCGGCUUCCUUUUUCGAUCAAGUCACCACCUGUGGCUUUGGUCUUCAGCCAAAGAUGUGUCGGCACGGUACAAACACCGCAGUAUAAAAAACCCCGAAGACAUUCUUGAUAGAAUAACAUUUAAUGGAAUGCAGCGAACAAACCAGGCGUUGAAAUCAAAGCUAGUCUUAGACAUCCCAUUAUUUUUUCUCUGGAUGGUUACAGAUCACCCUUGCACGCCGCAGCAUUUAAUGAUCAGGUAGAAUGUCUUCAGCUUCUUCUGUCCAGAGGAGGAAAUGUUGACGCCGUGGAUCAGAGUGGUAGAACACCUCUUAUUAUGGCCGCUGACAAUGGGCAUGCUGGCGCUGUAGGUAAGUUGGCCCAAGUCAGGGAACAAGAACAAGAAACAGCAUACUGUGAGAAAAUAUGGCUCAUCUACUAUCUUCAACUUUCCGUGCUGUCUAAACUCAUAUGUUCCCUUAUAGAUUCUGCUCCUCCGAGCUUUCCUUUUAUAAUUUUCAUAGAAACCCUCUAGGCGAAUUCUGCAAUCUGAUAGACUAACGUACUCUUUAUCUUCACGUGAUAGACAAUGAUAGACAGACCGAUAGACAGCUAGGUGUCGUUUUCAAGAAACAAAGAAACUAAAAACAACAACAACACAGCAAAUGCAAAAACCAAAACUGUGCCCCCCCUCCCCCACCACCACCAUACAAACCUUGGACGAAACAAUAGAUUUGCACAGAUUUCAUCCUUGGAAUUAUGUCGCAAGUUGUUUUGUAAACACUGAGGAGUAAAUCUGGAGCAAAGAUGGUAAAUGCCACAUUUGCAUACCAGGGGGUGUAAAUUACAAGGCAAAUGUGGCAUUUGCCAUCUUUACCCCGUUUUACUCCUCAGUUUUGACAAAUUUGCCACAUAUUUGCAAAGAGCAAAUUUGUGCAAAUCCAUUUUUUCGUCCAGUGAAACGUGUGUAAAAUUCCGCCAUUUUGCGGAGCUAUAUCUUCUGAACAAAUCACCUUCAAACUUGGCACCUUUACUGAUUUCAAGGUGUUCUUUCCAGCCGUCUUGAUGGAUUUCGCUAGCUACUCCCAGUAAAAAGUUGAAAAAAAAAAAAAAAGGGAAGGGUCUCCUCAAGCUAAUUCAUGUUUGUUACAAAUUAAUGAUCUGCUUCCUUUGCAGAAUUUCUUGUUGGCGAUGGUGGAGCGGACAUAAAUGUAGCUGAUAACAAUAAAAAUACCGCCUUACACGUCGCUUGUAGCCAGGUGAGAAAAACUAAUUUUUGGGCCAACGGUGCGUCCAUUUGCUCGUAGCUUGAAGUUGGACCGGUUUCAAACUUUGCGGAACAGCUCACGUACUUUCCUUAAAGAACGUAGAAUAUUCACCCAAAAUGCUUCUUGUUCACGCGCAAACUAUACUUAAAGUAAACGAAAUUUAUGUGCAGUUUCACUGCUUGAGUUCGUAUUGAAACGACCAUGUGUAUAAACGACUUUGUAUCGGAACGAACAGUUUCCAUUUUGACCCCAUGGAAGUAGCAGCUUUUACGGGGCUUAAGACCUUAAGGCACCUUAGAUACGAUCGUUUUGGCUUAGCGCGAGGAAUCAUUUACCUGCUCCAAAUUCGAAAUUUAAGGGUUCUAAAAUAUGACGCUGAAAGUGCGCAUAUUUUGACUACGAAAAUGCUGACUUAACGAAUCCGUGAAGUUAACUUUAGCUCAUAACUUCAGUUUCUAUAGAUUUGUACAUGGGGUGGUCUUGUUUCUAAUCUUGAAUUUUCUUUCUCGAUUACGUUGUCUUUCAUGAAAAACCACCAAACAGAAAGGUGGGUUUGGUCUGCUAAGCUGCUAAGUUUACAACAACGUCAUUAAUAAAUGCUCAUGUUCCGCUUCAGGGUAACGCGGCCUGUGCUCUUUUGAUCCUGGACAAAAUGGAGGAUGGCUUUCUCAGUUUGGCAAAUAACGCUCUUCAAACGUAAGUAGGCAGCGACAGCUUCGGUAAGAGAAGCCUCCCUCCGUAUGCAGCGAUAGAGACGCUUGCUCUUCGCAUCUUGCUCUUGUUGCUUAUUCGUUUACUUACGAACCAAUGCGCAAAACGGAAAUUUCAGUAAAUCAAGUUUGUGAUUAAACACGAUCAGUAAUGAAGUUUGGAAUUGUUAAAUAUGUCCUUUAGUACCAAGUUGUUUGAAUAUCUGUUAACCUUAAUACUGGGUUAACUGCAAACAGAGCAUACGAGUACUUACAGUGACUUAACGUGGAUUUGCUCCACUGACCUAGCCGUACUGUACCUUUGCUUUGCUUAAUGCUGUUGUUUAUUGUGGGCGGACAGAAUUGGACUACGUUGAACAACGCGUUCGCCCUCUGUCGUAAGCUGCAUAGCAUAUUAGACAUGUACCAUUUUUACAUAGCAGUAAAAUUUCAAAGCGGCUCCCUGGCUUUUGUUUCAAUAGGCCCUUACACUUAUCCGCACGAAACGGUCUGGUACCAGUUGUCCAGGAGCUAAUAGCCAGAGGCGCCAAUUUACUGACCGAGGAUGAGGACGGUCAUAAUCCCGCUCUCGCUUGUGCCCCCAACCCUCAAGUAGCCGACUGUUUGGCCCUGAUUCUGGUUGCUAUGGUACCGAGCUUAGGGUCUCCUUUGGCUACGUCUGCGCGUCUGGAUAACUCAGAAGACCAUUCCGAUGAAGAGGACGGUAUAGACUUUGCUACGCCUACACAUAAUGCUACAGUGUGACAAGGUUUCACGGGUCUGCAAUUUUUACUCCAUCUAGGAACGUUUUAUAUUGAAUUCUAAUUACUGAGAAGAAACUAAACGAGAAAAUGUACAGUGCGCUCAGGGGAUGUCUUUUUAUAAUUGGUGUUCAGCCCGGUUAGAAAUGACGUUCGUAUGUUUAAAGCCCUGUGCAAACGGACGCAACAUGGUUGGCCAACAACUCCUAACAUUGUUGGAUGUUACAUGUUGCGUCCGUUUGUACACCCUGUUGCAUGUUAUAAUAUUGCGUGUUGUUAAGAGUUGUUGCGCAACGUUUGAAACGGGUCAAACUUUUAGCCCCGUGCAAACGAACGCAGCAUUUUUGGCUAACAACUCCCAACAUUUUCGGGAGUUGUUGCGUCCGUUUGCACGUAGGUUAACAGUACUGAGACCAGGACGAAUCAACAAUAUGUAAAAUGUGCUUUGUAACCGUAGACGAAGCGAAUAACUACCACGCAUCAGUGAAAACGUAAGCCGUGCAACCUCUAAAUUUUCUUGAAUGACAGGCAAAGACACGCAAAUAUGCGCUCUUUUGUUAGUUUUUUCUUUUUUAAGCUGAGCUCUCUUUUGCGUAUCCCGUUUUGUCGCUGUUUUCAUACUAGGCCUUGAGCAGACUAAACACUUGCCCGUUUUCUUUUGAAAACGUUUGUACCUUUUCGCAUCCACUCAUAGCUUUUCUCGUCGAUUUUGCCGUCCACCGGUAAAGCGACGUGACAGAGCCUCAAGUUAAAACGCCUGAGAUACAAUAAAAUGAUUAUACGACCUGCUGAAUUCGCCACUUUAGAAACGAGGGGGCAUUAAGCCGAGUUAAUUUUCACAAAAACUGCCGGCAGCGUUACUGGGGACGCGCUGGUCAGACAUCAGCCAUGACCUUUCCUGACCCAGAAGUCUUUGCGAAAGUUAACUCGGAACUAAGGAAACUGGGCAGAGGUAACUUUCGAAAAGACUUCUGGGACUGUAACAGGGGAAAGGAAGAAAGGCUGAUAUCUGGCGGAUACUAAACCUCACGGGAGCGUAUUCUUGCAAAUUACGCUUCUGAAAACUUCCGUUUAUCUUCCAUCCAUCUAUCUAAAGAAGUGUGGACAGCAGGCCUUUGCCAAGAGAGAAAACUG